GUCAAACCGAGUUUUCGCCGAAAAAGAAAAGAAAACUAAUGUAAAAGACAGGAGAAUUUUGAUGCAUUUCCGUUUACGCGCAAAGAAAUUUUGAUACUCGUUGUUUCCCACCCUCACAGUGAGCAAAAUUGGGAGGGUCGAAAACCCUAAGAAUUGAAGGAAUGUCGAAGAAAGCGGUGACAAGGAGAGAGCUAUUGGACCGAUGGAGGGGCAUCGAAGAAGAAGACGACAACGACAACGACAACGACAUUGACCUUCUCAAGCGACAUCGUUUCCGCCACCUCAAAGAAGAAUGGUUUUCCGAUGCAUUCAACUACUUGAUCUUUUUGCCCGAAGAAAAUCAUAUUUGGUGUGGUUCCUGGGACCUGAUGGGCCCUCUUCUGGAGACUUUCUAUAAUUAUUUUAAGGAUGAUCGCAGUGAUUCUCCUCUAAAGCUCCUACUGGACAGAACAUCUAGGGAAAUGCGCCGGUGCACUCAAUGUAUAUGUCAAUACCAUCAAGCCCAAGAGCUUUAUAGUACAGAAUAUGACCCUAGUACCAUUGGUCCUCUUCUUGAGGUCUUGCGCACUCUUGACGAAGAAAGAAUCAGUCAACAUCUUAAAGAGAUUAAUAACAGAAUAAGAUGUGGAGAGUACGACAUAGUGCAUGGCAGUGGAGAAAUUGUUAGCAUCAUGCUUGAGGUUUUGAUGUUCCCGAUUUUGUUAGAUGAUUCUUAUUUGGCAAGUGAAUUUGAGACAUUCAUUGACGCAAUAGAUAAAACUCAUGAACUGACCUUGGGUGGACACCAGCAGUAUCCGGGAGUUUAUGCAUUACUUUUCCAUAAAGGCCGAAGAACUCGUUCUAUAGGUUUGCGAUUGGCUGGACGCAUGAGUAAAUUGAGGCAAUCUGCAGAUUUGGAUGCUUUGCAGCCUUUGUUGAAGAAAUACAUUUCUUAUUUGGCAACAGACAUUUUGCCAUCAUCUACUCCGAAUCCAAGGCCUAGGGUUGAGUUGGAUCGAGUAACUGUAUGGCUUGGGAUCAAAGCAUUGCUUGGAUUCUUGGAGCCUCCAACUUUUGAAGAAGGCAUUUUAGAUCGCUAUCCCAUUUUUCUGAGUGUCGUUCUCAACCAUAUUAGUGAUGAUUCACCAGAGUUUUCUUAUGCAGUUAAUUGUCUGAGAUUAUUGUUUGAGAUGCUUGGAUAUAAGCUUUGGUUGAAGACUUCACUAUCUCCAAGUGUGAUGCGCAACACACUAUUGGGUCAGUGUUUCCACACUCGAAAUGAGAAAAGCCAUAAGGAAAUUUUUGAUCUUUUCCAGCCUUUUCUACAGUCUCUUGAAGCUUUACAAGACGGAGAACAUGAAAAGCAACGGAGAAAUCUUCUUUAUUUUCUCCUGCAUCAAGUUACUGCGAGUAGUAACUUCAGCUUGCUCAUGAGAAAAAGGGCUUGCCAGAUAGCUCUUCUCAUAGUCCACCGAGGUUAUACUAUGAGCCCGCCUUCUCCGCCAUAUGAAUGUGCACAUAUGUGGGGACCUUCUCUUGUGUGCUCUCUGAAAGAUUCGUCACUUCACAGUUCUCUCCGUCAACCUGCCUUUGAUGUUAUUCAAACUAUUUUAGUUUCUGAUGCUUCAGCUCUGGUAACUUCAAUUCUGAAGUAUCAACUUGCUACGAGUGAUGAAAGAUGCUUGCCGUUCCAGCUUGAUGAAGAAGAGGGCCAAGGAAAUUUGUUUGGUUGUGAUUUUGAAGAAAAUGAUGUCAGUUGUUGGAAGGAAUUUAGUUCUCAAGCUGAUAUAACAUCAGAUUUAUGUGGGGAUUGGAUGUGCGUCCCAAUGUUGUGGUUUGAGGUUUUAGUUGAAAUUGAUCCCUUGAUUCUUCCAGUAUCAUUUGCUAAGGCUGUUUUCUGGGCUUUGUCACGCCUUUCUUUACUAGAAUCUGAUAAUGACUCUGAUAUUGAACCUUCAGUUGGUCAUUGGUUGAGAACCUGUGGUUCAGAUAUCUCUCAGGUUUUGAAUUGGAAGGUUCCAUCUGGUUCAAAUGAUGGUGGUGAGGGAGUGGAAUCUAAAAACUCCAUUAAGGUCUCAACAAAGUGUAUACCUUUAAUUAGGCUUUUCAAGAGGUCGACUGCUCAUUUCAUCAUCAGAAUGGAGCAAGGGGAGCUAAGGAAGCAGUGGACAUGGGAGCCCAUGAUGAGUGACAGUUUGAUUCUUCUGCUCGUGGAUCCCAACGAUAAUGCUAGACAUGUUGGUCGGUGUAUUCUUGAACAAGUUUCAAAUACACGUGGCCUAACAAGUGGACUGCAGUUUCUUUGCUCCAGCCAAUCUUCACUCUCAGCUACCUUUACAGGGUUAAGGCAUGGUCUAAAGCUGGUUCAGUUGGACUGCGUUCUAUCGGAAUAUCAGACUUUGCAUCAUUUCUUUUUUGUUUUGUGCAAACUACUAAAAGAAGGGAAUUCAUGUACCCAACCUCUAGUCAGAAAAUCAUCUGAGGACUCUAGUAUCUCAAAAUUUUCUUCUCAAGGGGGAUUCUUAAAGCAGCCAGUGCUGCAAACUCAAACUGAGCACAUGGACGCACAUAAAUCAGUUGUCAGUUCCAUUUUAUGGGAGAAAUUUUGUUGCUUACUCUCAGAAAUGGCUUGGAUCUCUGUUCAGAAGUGCUUGUCAGCUGGGAAGGUGUUUAUAGAUCAAAAACCAUCUCAGAUGACCUGCAUCAGAUUAUUAGAGACCCUUCCUGUUGUUUUUGGAAGGCUUUGCCGAGAUCCGACUACAGUGCUUAAUAAUGCAGUGACACAAUGUCUUUCUGAUCUGAUAGAUUGGGGACAUUCACCACUUGCAGUAGUGGUCAGAUAUUGGAAAGAUGCUUUAAUUUCAUUGCUGAUUCUGAUUAAGGCAUCAUGCAGCGGUGUCCCUGCCUCAUUAGCCGCAGAUAUUGAGAAACUUAUUUCAUGUGGUGAGUUUACUACUCUGUUUGAUAAUAUUUCAAUGAAUGUGUUGGCCAAACAAGUUGCUCGGCUUUCUGUUUCACUUGUGGAUGGGAGUUACACUGACUUGAAAAAAACUAGUGUAGAUUUCAAAUGUUUGCCUGGUGAAGAAUCUGUUCUUGCUGACAACUCUUUAGCUGAAGCAGCCAAGCCUUUUAGUGGGGUUGGUAAAAGAAUGCAUAUUCCAGACUUGAAAACAUUAGUUGGUGAGGAAAGAAGUAAUUUGAUAGUUAAUGCAGGUGAUGAAACAGAAACAGAUACGUCUGCUUGUGCUGAUAUCAAUUCUGGUGUCAGCUUCGAUCCUAAACCUGUUGGCCAUAUUGCUGGGACAGUUUUGUAUUCUGAUCCUGUGAAAGAAAUUGACUCCAGGAAGAUUUCUCAGCCAGUUGAUCUUUGUUUGGAUCUGGAUAUCCAAAGACUUGAAUUAUAUGCUCUACAGGCGGGAAAGGAUUCGCCUCUUGCCAAAUCAAAAGCUAUAGUGCCUAAGAGCAAGGGGACUGAUAUCAAGUGCCAUUUAAAUUGCAUAAAUCUGAAUUCCAAAGAAAAUAGUUCUGUCACCUCUGAGCUUCGUUCUGCUGUAGGGAGCUCAUCUCAUGGAGGCGUGAGCAUGAAAGAGAAUGAUGGGAAAGCUGAUGAACGGGUUAUAAAAACUAAUGAUGCAGUCUUGAAAGAGCUUGUAUGUGAAAACAAAAGUGAUCGGGAGUUAGCUUUUCUCACUUCAGCUAGACGUCAACAAUCAUUCUCCCUAAAAACAAGUCUCUCCGGGCCAAAAAGGAAAGUCAUUCAACUCAGCUUACCAGUUGAUAAUAAGUCUAAUGCUUUGAGAUUAGAUGAUGGAGUGAAAAGAUUUAAAGCUGUGAGGCUUGAUGAUUGGUAUAGACCUAUUCUAGAGUUCAAUUACUUUUUAACAGUUGGAUUGACAACUGAAGGUGCAGGAAAGAAUGAUAGUUUGAGUAAAUUAAAGGAGGUUCCUGUUCGUUUCCAAUCUGUUGAUGAAUAUGUUGAAAUUUUCCGUCCACUUAUAUUGGAGGAGUUUAAAGCACAACUGCAGAGUUCCUUUCAGGAGAUAACUUCUCUAGAAGAGAUGUCUUGCGGCAGUCUUUCUGUAAUGUCAGUUGAAAGAAUUGAUGAUUUUCACUUCAUUCGCUGUGUUCACGAGGAUGUUGAUUCAGCUGGUUCUAAAAGCUGCUCAGACAAUGAUCUUAUUUUGCUUACACGACAACCCCUGAGGAAUUCUUGUCCUGAUAUUCACAUCGUGGGAAAGGUGGAAAAACGUGAAAAAGAUUGUAAGCGUAGAUCAAGUAUCCUACUCAUCAGGUUGUACUUGCAAAAUAGACCUCAUCUGAUGCGAGCUCGAAAGUUUCUUGUUGAGCGAAGCAAAUGGUGCAUUAGUCGUCUAAUGACCAUAACUUCUCAACUCAGAGAAUUUCAAGCAUUGUCGGCUAUUAGGGGAAUCCCUUUGCUUCCUGUUAUCUUGAAUCCCACCAGUUACGAUCACUGUAAGCACUACGGUGAGAGUUUCAAUAAACUAUCUCGACCUUUGCAGCAAGUCCUCAAAACGGCAUAUAAUGACAGUCAACUGCAAGCUAUCAGUGCUGCUAUUGGACCUUUUGAUCCUAAAAAGGAUUUUCAAUUAUCCCUAAUACAGGGUCCUCCAGGUACCGGGAAGACCCGAGUGAUCGUGGCCAUUGUCAGUUCUUUGCUUGCUUUCUCCCAAGUGGACACCAAGGGAACAUCAAUUGGAGGUCCAAAGUCUACUGGAAUGUCUCGCACUGCUUCAAGACAGCGGAUUUGUCAAGCUGCAGCUGUUGCUAGGGCAUGGCAGGACGCAGCCUUGGCUAGACAACUUAACGAAGAUUUAGAAAAUGAUAAACCAAUGGGAAACUGUAGUAAAAGAAGAAUACUCAUUUGUGCACAAUCAAAUGCUGCUGUAGAUGAACUAGUGUCCAGGAUUACCAGUGAAGGCCUUUAUGGCAGUGAUGGGACGAUGUAUAAGCCUUAUAUCGUUAGAGUAGGUAAUGCGAAAACAGUUCAUCCUAAUUCAUUGCCGUUCUUCAUUGAUACACUUGUUGAUCACCGCAUAGCUGAGGAGAAAAUGAAUGCAACCGAUUCAACGAAUGAUGCCGACAAGGAUACUUUGACAUUCUUGCGGUCUAAUCUUGAGAAGUUGGUUGAUACUAUCAAAUGUUAUGAAGCUAAAAAAGCUAGUUUACGGGAUGGAAAUUCUGAUUCCAACUGUUUAUUGGAAGGAGACACUGAUAAAGCAGAUAAUGCAACGGAAUUGUCUGAUGCAGAAGUAGAAGCAAAGCUGAGAAUAUUAUAUGAAAAAAAGAAAUCAAUAUACAUGGAUCUCGCUGCUGCUCAGGCACGGGAGAAGAAAGCUAAUGAAGAAACAAAAGCUCUUAGACAAAAAUUACGGAGGGCUAUACUAAAAGAGGCUGAGAUUGUGGUGACUACACUGAGUGGCUGUGGUGGGGAUCUGUAUGGGGUUUGUGCAGCAUCUGUGUCCGGCCAGAGAUUUAGCAGUUCAUCCGAGGGUGUCCUCUUUGACGCAGUUGUGAUUGAUGAAGCUGCUCAAGCUCUGGAACCUGCUUCCCUCAUACCACUUCAACUCUUAAAAUCAAAGGGAACUAGAUGUGUGAUGGUGGGUGAUCCAAAGCAGCUUCCAGCCACGGUUCUCUCUAACAUUGCCAGCAAAUUUUCUUUCCAAUGUAGCAUGUUUGAACGCUUGCAAAGGGCUGGUUAUCCUGUCAACAUGCUCACACGGCAGUAUAGGAUGCACCCGGAGAUAUGCCGCUUUCCUUCUUUCCAUUUUUAUGAUGGUAAGUUGGUUGAUGGAGACCAGUUUUCCAGCAAAGUUGCAUCAUUUCAUGGGACUAAGGGCCUUGGUCCCUAUGUAUUCUUUGAUGUUGUGGAUGGGAAGGAGCUCCAUGAUAAAAAAUCUGGCACAUUAUCCCACUACAAUGAGUGUGAGGCUGAUGCUGCAGUUGAAGUGUUAAGAUUUUUCAAGAGGAGGUUCCCAUCUGAGUUUGUUGGUGGAAGAAUUGGUAUUAUAACUCCUUAUCGGUGUCAGCUUUCUCUACUACGCUCACGAUUUUCAAGUGCAUUUGGAUCUUCUAUCACUGCUGAAAUGGAGUUUAAUACAGUCGAUGGUUUUCAAGGUCGAGAAGUUGAUAUAGUUAUACUCUCCACAGUGAGGGCAUUUGAGGCAUGCUCGAAUGCAACACAGAUUAAUUCUAGCCGUAUUGGUUUUGUGGCUGAUGUAAGGCGGAUGAAUGUUGCUUUGACUAGGGCAAGGCUGUCUUUGUGGAUCAUGGGUAACGCAAGGACAUUGCGGACGAACCAAAACUGGGCAGCUUUAGUGAAGAAUGCAAAAGAAAGAGAGUUAGUGAUGUCACUUAAAAGACCAUAUAAUGCUACUUUUAAAUCAUAUGAUCUGGAGAAACAUUUGACUUUAGAGAAACCAGAAAACUAUUCAAGGAAGUUGAAGCAUGUUAAAGGGGCUGAAGCCACAUAUGAGCAUGCUGAUAGACAAAAGAAGAAUGUAAAGCAUGUGACAGAUAGGAAAAGAAAAGACACCAGCUUUGGAGCUCUAAUUGACACUGCAGUACGUGCUGAUCUGUCUGGAAAAAACGUUGAGGGAGAACAAAAAUCUAAAGAUGAAAGUAGUCUUUUGUUGAAAAAGGAUCUCGAUAAUUAUGAUGGCAGAAAUACCAAGGGUGUGCAUAUUUUACUCGGGGAAAAUCAAUCAGAAUCAAGUGAAAGUUGCGAAAAGAUCAGUAAGAAGCACAGGAAAGAGAGGAAAGUACAUGGGCAUCGCGGAAAACAAUGUGACAGCUUAGAGAGUAACUUGGGGAAUUCAAAGAAAUCAGGGAGUGAUAACCAUAAACAUUCUAUAUCUGUUGCAUCUGAAAAAGUUCAAGAACCUUUGGAACGCGAUGAUAAACUGCAGAAUACGAGAGGUUGGAAGAAGCCUGCUAAGACAACUCUUCUGCAGAAGGAUGUGGAAGAUGGGAUUGGAGCUUGUAAUCAGGUUAAAAAACCUGACCAUAUAAUAUCAGAGAGGAAGCAACAACGUGAUGCUGUUGAUGCUCUUCUUUCUUCAGCACUAAUAUCUUCGAACAAGUCUAGGUCUUCACUAAGAUCUUUGCCUGCUAAAAGGACGAGUUCACCAAAUGCUGGAGGCCCUCCAAUUAGACCACCGAAGCAAAAUAAGAGCUAGCUGCAACUUCUUAUGCAAGGACAGUCAAAUUCAUCAAGGUCGUCAAGAGUGAGAGGUCUGUUGGUUUUAGAGGGGCCGGUUGACACAUUUUGAGGUGUGCAGCGUGGAUAGUUUCCUUCUUCAGAGUUCCCAUUCAAUGUAGAUAUAGGAGUUCCUUUUUCUUUUUGUUGCAACAAGGUAAAGUGUGCCAUAGGAAAUCUUUAACAAUGGGAAAUGUGAUGUUGGAAAUUGUUCAAAAAUGAUCAUCCUGGCUAUGAUUGUUUCUCUGCAGAUGGAAUUUCAUGUAGAUCUGUGAAUCAAAAGGUCGAUGCCUGCAAAUUACUCCGAUUGCUUGUUACCAUUUCUUUUGUACAAUAAUGGGCUGAAUUGUCUAUUAUUUUUUCAGAA